AUGCAGUCUGCGGUGGGUGCGUGUCCGCGCAGCCGUCACCGUGUGCGGUGCAGGGCCAUUGCGGCUGUGCGUGUGGCGUUGCUUGUGGCGUUGGUGCUGGUUGCGGCGGCGACGGCGUGGAUGCCCGCGGUGCAUGCGGUGGUGUUGCGACUGCGGGGCGGUAUGGUGGACAGAGCCGUCACGGUUGGCCACGCCGUGGAAACGGUGCUGAUGGACGACGUGUACAUCACGAACGGCGUGGCUGUAGUGUUUGACGUUGCGGCGAUGCUUCCCGGCACACUGCGCAUCGAACUGAGGAACUGCUUGUGCGACGGCGGUGCGCAGCUCUACGUGCGGGGCUACAGCGGCGAGCCGGCGAGUGACCGGAGCCUGGAGGUGAGCGUGAGCGGGCUGUCCGGCGGCUACUGCUCGCUUGUGUUUGCGCACAACCUGCCGGCACACACGAACGUGACGGUCCGUGACUCGACGAUUGUGACGCCGGGGCCGAUGCGCUACUCGCAGCUGAGCGGGCUGACGGACGCGGUGGCGUCGCCGCUUGUGCUGUACGCGACGUCGCUGUUGCAGUCGCAGCUGCGUGUGAGCAGCACUGUGCUGAGGUCGUUGCACGCGGGCGGGUCGGCGGUGUACGUUGGCGGCGGCAUGGACCUGCUGUCGAGCGCGGUGGUGUUUGACGGCGUGUUGCUGGAGGCGUCGGGCGGUCCGACCGCGUCCGCGGUGCAUGUGUCUUCCUCUUUGCGCCUCAGUCUGCGUAACCACUCGGUGCUCUCCGUGACGAACGUGUCGGUCGUGAGCGGCGGCGGCAUUGUGCUUGGCGAGCGCCUCGCGGUGUUUGAUUCGGUGCUGCGCUUCGUGCGCGUCGAGGGGUCUGUCGCGUCGUCGCUGGUGCGCUGCGACGGUGGGACGAUCGGUACCGGCGGGUGGCUGGACAUGCACGACGUGUGGGCGGUGGGCGAGGCGUCGUCGGUGGCGUCGCUGUCGGGUGUGACGCUGAGCGGCGGCACCGUGUCGAUUGCGCGCUGCGCUGCCACUGGCGCGACGCUUGUCUCUGGGCUGACGAUCACGAGCGGCGUCGUGUCGGUGCAGUGCAACCGUGCCGGCGGCCGGGUGCUGCAGAGCGGCGGCGAAUACCGCUUGGCCGGCCUGCCCUCCGUGAGCGUGGUGCCGUGCGACGGCUGUGCGGCCGCGCUGGCGUGCUUCGAUGCGCUGACGGCGUCGUUCUCCGAGUGCGUGUGCAGCUGCCGUGCCGGCGGCGUGGGCGACGCGUGCCUGCCGUUUGACGUGCCGCCUGCGAGGUCCGGUGGCGGUGGUGGCGGUGCACAGGGCUGCGUGAGUGGCGUGACGCUGACGGAGUCGGUGACGGUUGGCGGCUGGCGUGCGACGGCGUGCUUCGACUCGGUGGUGUUCAGCGGGCCGAUCACUGUGACGGUGGACCUGCGCUUGUUGGACGUGUUCGCUGACGCGCUGAACGUGACGCUGCGCCACUGCGUGCUUGCGGGCGGCGCGCAGCUGCGGAUUGGCGGCCUCAGCGAGAGCACGGCGCGCCUGAUGCCACACGCCCUCGUCAACAUGACGAAUUUGACGUCGCUGGAGGGCACGAUCGUGCUGCAUGGCGCGAUGCCGCUGCACUCGAGUGUGCUACUGGCGAACUCGACGCUGCGCGCGACGGUUGGCGGGUCGCAGUACGUGCCGACGACCCGUGGCCAUGCGGGAUUUCGGUACGGCCCCGCGCUUGUCCUGGACGGCGUCCGGCUUCUGUCGACGCGGUUUGUCAUGACGCGGUCGAUGCUGGUGUGUGGCGGGGGUUCGUGCGCUGCGAUCCUUGUGGAGCGCGGCCUCGGCGCAAACCUGUCCAGCGUCUUCUACAUGGACAACUGCGUCGUUAUGUCGCGGAUGCAAGUAAUGUACGCUCUUGCGUCGGAUUUGCGUGUUGGUGGCGGCUCCGUGUUCUCCAUACAGAACAGCUCGUGGAGUGUGUCGAGCAUCGAAUACUACAAAGGGGCGUGUGAUUUUGGGGACGUUGCGGUGGAUGGCGGCAGCGUGCUGCAGAUUGUGUCCAGCGAGUUCCGUCUCGGCUUUGCCAUGCUCAUGGCAAAAACGCUGACUGUGGCUGGCGGCAGCUGGUUGGUGCACCGCGACAACGAGUUCCGCACCGCCUACGUUGUGUACGUGGCCAACUACUACGGCGUGGCGUUCCGCGAUCGGAGUGUGUGGUCGAUACUUCACAACAACUUCACGUACGGCUUGUACUCGUCGAACAUCGCUAAUAUGACGAGCAAGUGGCCACCACCAUCCGACUCGCGCGCGACCAUCUACGGCGUGUGCAACGAAGCAAUAGGCUCACCUGUGACGGAUUACCAAGACGACCUCAAUAUUGGAGCACCCGUGACGGUGUUGGACUGUGGUGCGUGUACCUUGGACGCCGUGUGCUUCGCUGCGAGGACGAGCAGCAUCAGCGGCUGUGAGUGUGUGUGCGCUGCUGGUGGCUACGGUGACACGUGUCUGCCAGCUGCUGUUCCGGACGGUCUUGGGCCGCUUCCGCUCCCCGAUGCGAAGGACACGGAGGUCCGCUGCGUGCACGGUGGCAGCAUCGGCUCCGUGGACUAUCCUGAUCCCGGUGUGCGUGGUCUGUGCUUUGUCAACGUGACCUUCACCGCCGCGAUCGUGCUGGACCUGUGGAAUUUUGACGCACCACAGCAGACACUCAACAUCACGCUGCUGCAGUGCGUCCUCAUGGGCCUGUUGAUCAGGGGGAGUGGUGCGCGUGUGCACGUGAACAUGACAUCCUCGAUGCUGGAUUCUGGUGCAUUGGAGUUUAAGGGUGAUUUUGGCACGAGCUCCCAGGUACUGGUGGCGGGCAGUACGCUUAUGUCGAAGUGGAGCCACGCCAUUGCCUUUCUGGAAUUUUCUUUUGCUGUGAACUCGACGCUGCUGCUACUUGACAACCGCAUCGAGGGGUAUCGGUACGCAGUUUAUUUCACCAAUGCUGCUGUUGUUGAUGGUGGCGGGAUCAUUGUGAGGGGAAAUACGCUGAGAGCAAUAGAGAAGGAUGCUUACAGCUCGCGGUCUGCCCUUUACUUUCACUCAGUGGAUGUGAGGAACGGCGGCUACUUUGACGUUGAGAACACCACGAUGAGCGCAGUUAGUGGCAUUUAUUUUUACGGGGAUACUUCCGUGAGCACCGCAGGGCUGCUGCGAGUGGCGAACUGUACAUUUGUUGGCAUCACACUGUUUUUUGAACCCGCGCUGGUGCAUUUGUCUGGCUCUGUGACACUCGAGGGUGGUGCGCAGUGGCGUGUGACUGGCAACAACGUAAGUGCAGCUUCAAUAAUAGGUAUGCCUAAUUCCUUGUACAAAGUGAAGCUGUUGGGCAACGGCACCACCGUGGUGCUAUCAAACAACCGUCAGGUGGACUCGAGUAAAGCCUUUGCGAAAAUUCUUCCACGGAGCACGAUUGUGACGUCACCCGCGCACUUUGUGGUUGGAUGCAACCUGCAGGGCGGUGAGGAGGUGUCGUACGACGGUGUGUUUCCGGAGGGUGUGGUGGUGUUCGGGUGCGGCACGUGCAACGACGACGCUGCGUGCUACAUGCCCGGGACGGAGUCGGUGGACCGCGGCUCGUGCUCGUGCAGCUGCAAGGACGGAUGGCAUGGCGCGUCGUGUCUUCCCCUCGAGGUGCCCGAUGCGGUUGUGCUGCCCGUGCCGGAGAGAGCCGUCGACGGCGACACGAGCUGCGUGGUGGACCAGACGCUGACGAACCUCACGCUGAACAUGUGGAAGACGCACCACUGCUACGUGGGUGUGACAUUCAGCGGCGUGGGUGCUGUGCUGACGUUCUCUCUCAGCAGCAUGCCGCUGCAUCUCCCCAUCAACAUCACGCUCACUGGGUGCACAUUCCGUGAGGGUGCUUCGCUGCGGUUUGUUGGGGGUGCUGAGGUGGUCGAGUCAGCCGGUGUCCUGAUCCGCGUGAGCCGGACGGUGAUGCGUUCCUCCGUUGUUGCUUUUGCACUUGCCCUCCCGCAGCACUGCGACAUUGCCGUCACGGAGGUUGACGCGGUGCAGGCCUCUGAGGUCCAGUUGCCGGACGCUAGGAUUACCACAUUGAGCGUCGUGAUGUUGCGGAAAAUUAUUUUGGCUGCGUCUUCGCUGUUGGUCAGCAACGUCAAGGCGCGUGCAACGAGGCAGCGCGGGUUUGGUUUGUACUCGACCGGGACGCUGUCGCUCGUGGGUGGCAGCUCGCUGUACACGCGGUACUGCAGCUUCGAUAAAUACUCGCACAUGUUUUACAUACACAGGCUGAGUGUCAGUGACCGCUCUGUUUUUGCGCUGCUUAACAAUACGAUGUCCUCCGGGACAAGCCUCUUGUGUCAGUUCUACGGAUUCAGCGUGUCGGAUCACAGCGUGCUGCGCUUGGUGGGGAACAGCGGCUGUGUGUGCUACGUCAUCUGUAAUGAAGAAUUGUGGAAUGUCCGGGAGUCAAGCUGGCUGGAUUGGCGCGACAACGACGUGGGAGUGGGUGCGAUGUUUCAAGACACUGAGUCCGCUUUUGUGAUUAUCGACGGCAGCAGUGUUGUGACGCUGACGGGCUGCAAGAUGGGCUCGACGGGGUUGUCGGUCUCGCUGCUAUCGCAGGCUGACACCGGCUACCGUUUCGUUGCUGGGUGCCUGACGAUUGCGGGACGGGUGGUGACGACGGCAGCUGAACUGGAGCUGAACGGCAUCACCAACGUGACGACGGUUGCCGCGUGCGGUGAGUGCACGAAGGACGGCGACUGCUUUGCCCCGCUGACGACGGCGGUCAUUGGCUGCAAGUGCCGGUGCGCUGCUGGAGGGCACGGCGAUGUGUGUGUCUCGGCGCCUGUGCCUGCUGGUCCGCCACCGCCGCCACCGCCGCCACCGCCACCACCCACGCCACCGCCACCGCUGGUUGGUGGGUGCAUCAGCGACAUGGUGUACCCCGAGGUUGCGCAGGCAGUGGGCGGCGGGCUGUCGUGGCUGUGCUACCGCAACGUGACGUUCAGCGGGGGCGGCAUGAGCCUGACGGUGCUGAUAGGGGCGAUGACGGGCGACGUGGCGAGCGUCACGUUCGAUGGAUGCACGUGGAGGGACGGCGCCGUGCUGUUGCUGUUGGGCAACGCGUACGCCGCUGUGGGGUCGCUGAACAUCGUCGUCACCGGCAACACAUUUAGUGACGCGCUGCUCAGUCCGGAGGGUGUGUUUCCACCCCGCACGAACAUCACGAUCA